UAUAUAAAAUCUAUUAAAAAAUGCAAUGUUUUGAUAUUAAUUGUAAAAGAAGUUAUAAAUUAAAAUGAUUAAAACAGUAUAUAUCAACGCAUCGUAAUGGAAAGUUGGGUUACCAUAACACCAGAUCUUCAACAAGGUUUGAAGAUUGCUAGUCGAAUUGAUAAUGGUAAAUUUCGAUUACUUGUUAAUCGAAUAUGUCAAAAUCUACAAUUCAGUAGCAAUGGAAAGCCAUUCAGUGAAGAGGAAGAAGAAAAGCUCCUAAAAUCGUUAGAACUGAAUAAAGAGGAGUUAACAUUUUUAUUAGAUGCAAUAACAUUUAUUUAUAAACAAGCUGCUUUCAAUAUAGUAAAACCUGCAGCAUUCGAAUCUAUUCUAAAAGAUACUUGCCAUUUGGAUGAAGAUAAAACGUUGACUUUUGUUAAUUCAUGGUUAACUUAUGGUAAAGGAAUUAUUAAAGAUCUCCGAAAAAAAUCUAUAUUUCCUAAACAGGUAAAGGAUAUUAAUUGGUGUUUAAAUAUACAAUCAUCAUCUUCAACAAUUUCUAAAGAUGUGAAUCCUGUAGCGUUAUUUCAGUUAGAUUUUACAGGUGAGAAAGAUUCUAAAUUAACUAUCGAAUUUGAUAAAAAGUCCCUCACUGAUUUAUAUAUGAAUUUUGAAAAAAUACAAAAUCAACUUGACGCAUUAAAAUAG